AUGGUUUCAAGAACGAGUCCUCUUUACCAGCCUCUGAAUGAAGCGAUCGACGAGAUCCGACUGCUGACGCUUCUACCAAAGUCACGUAGCACUGGCAUUCCUCAUUGUACUUUGGGGACAUACUCCCUCCAAUCGUUCACUCCAGAACACAAGACCUUUCUCUUUUCCAACGUCACGGUCAAUUCAAGCCUCAGAAGCACCACGUCUGAGUGGAAACAAAGUCGUCUAGAACCUGAACUUGCAGCUUUGGCACCUCUACAGCGCUUGCACUCGAAGCACCCGCCACCAAGUCAUUACCGCUUCACGUGGGGUGACUAUGCUUCUCUCUCCUAUGUAUGGGGUGAUGAGAAAGAUACCACUGUCAUUGUGAUCAAUAACAAACGCAGGCGAGUCACGACCAAUCUCGCCAAGGCUCUCUCGGCAUUUUUCCAAGAGGGAGAGUUUGAAGAUGGCUUCAAGCUUUGGGUCGACGCCAUCUGUAUCAACCAACAGGAUAUGGACGAGCGUGCACGACAACUACGGAAGAUGCGCCACAUCUAUGGGGAUGCAUGGUCGGUAAUUGCAUGGUUGGGUGAGCCGAGCUUUCAAAGUGACUCGGCUAUUCAACUAAUCCGCGACUUUUCCGAUUUCAACAAAACAAACUCGGGUAGUCAAAUCGAAGCUUGCUUAAGGAGGGAGCCGGAAUUUCUUGGGAAAGGGUGCUGGUUGGCACUGCACGACCUAAUGGAACGACCCUAUUGGUUUCGUCUAUGGAUCAUACAAGAGAUGAUUAUGGGUGCCUCGGCUACAUGGAUUCGAUGCGGGAGUGCAUCUAUUGAUUGGACGUCCUUUUGUUCUGGCCUUGCUUUUCUCGAGGAGAAUCUGUGGCUCGUGAAAGACGAGCUGCUUGUCAGGGAGCGCUUGGCGGUAACAAAAAAGAAUGGCCCAGCUUGGUCCGUCAUGGGUAUCCACCUAGUCUAUCAAGACCUCUCCCUCUUGAGUGAACGUGAGGAAAAGGGUGGACAAUACCCCAGCUUUGGGAGGCUACUUGACAUCGCCAAUGACGCAGAGUGCUCUAAUCCAAGGGAUAAAGUCUACGGACUUGUUGGAAUGAUGUCUAUUCCGGUGUCCAGCAGUCUGCGGCCCGAUUACACUCUUCCUGUGAAUCAGGUCUAUGCCGCCACAGCGAGAACCUUCAUCGAAGUUGACGGCACUCUGGAGCCCAUUCGCGAUGGAAACCCAUGGGGUCCGUCGAAAGGUCCAUCGUGGGCUGCAGACUGGUUAUGGGAGGGCCGGAUCAGAUCUUCGAGACCUGAGAAUCAGCUUUGGGGUCCUACCCGGUUCUUUCCAAGGCUGGGCCCUGAAAUUUUGUUCCAAACUCCAUACAAGGCUAGUGGGGAAACCAAACACGAUGCUGCGUUCUCUAGUGACGGAUCUAUACUGGCAUGUAGCGGGUUUAUUGUUGACAGCAUCUCUGGGCUUUCUGCAAGGGGAACAGGGUAUUUCGACUUGGACAAAACCUCCAUCGUGCAACCCCCACGGUGGAACAGCGCCUAUGGUGACAGAAGUGCGAUUUCGGAGGCUUUGUACCGUACCCUCGUGAUGGAUAGAGUUUCUGGGGGCGCGAAAGCCACUGCUCGUCAUGCUGCCAUAUUCCAUUUACCUCGCACGUUUGACCAAGGCGAACAAGAAUUCUCGAAGAGGGGAUGGAGUUGGCUGGCUGGGCAAUCAGAUUACUACUUCCGCUGGGAAGGUUUCCACGAGGUUAACUCAGGCUUUAAACUGGGCGAUGACCAACUGUCCGACUUCUUCGACGACACGAUUCCAGACGAGGCAUCGGAAUUUGACUUUAGCGAAGUAUAUUCAUGCUUUGACAGAUCAUCACAGAGGCGAAGGUUUAUGACUACUGCUAAUGGCUACAUGGGUUGGGCUCCGGAUAAUAUCUAUGGAACGAAAAGUCAGCAGACUAGAUCUGGAGAUCUCAUUGCUGUCUUGUGCGGCUGCAGUACUCCCAUUGUCAUCCGACCUCAUGGCAGUCAAUACCAGGUUAUUGGCGAAGCAUUCGUCCAGGGCUUAAUGGAUGGGGAGGUAAUGGAGUUAGUGAAUUCUGGAAAGUUGGAACGAAGCCGCCGAUGGAUUUUCUACCUAUCACGUGAUACGGCAAAGGUCUGGUGGUCUAGUG